CGAAAGAAGAGGGCUAAUCAGUUGUGCGCAGUUGGACUAUCAGGGGUUAGUCACUACCCGGCAUUUUUACACGGUAAAUAACUGGGAAAUACCGGUUCAAACCGUUUACAAGACACCCGGGACCAGCUUUAUUUAAGCGAAGUUUACUUUACAAACAUCUCUACACUUGAAAACGGAAGAAGACUCUGCAGCCAUGUCUCUGUCAGUCAACGUUCAUAUCAACAGCCCCAAUGUGAAGUACACAGAUACACACAUUGUGUCUCGGUAUCAAUACCAGACCACAUCUGUUCACACAGAGGGGAAACAAGUCACAAUCACCCCCCGCACCACCGAGAUUACAUUUUGCACAGAGACACGUGUGCCCCGGGUUGGUGUGAUGGUGGUGGGCUGGGGAGGCAACAACGGGUCCACAGUCACUGGAGCUGUACUGGCCAAUAGGCUGGGUCUCACCUGGAGAACCAAGACUGGAGAGAAGAAAUCAAACUACUACGGCUCCCUACUGCAGGCGUCUACCGUUUGUCUGGGAUCAGGGCCCGAAGGCGAGGUCAACGUUCCCCUCCGUGAUCUCCUACCCAUGGUGCACCCUAAUGAUAUAGUCUUUGACGGCUGGGAUAUCUCUUCAAUGGAUCUUGGCAGCGCCAUGGAGAGAGCUCAGGUUUUUGACUGGUCAUUACAAGAGCAGCUGCGACCACACAUGAGUCACAUGAAACCCAGACCGUCCAUCUAUAUCCCAGAAUUCAUUGCUGCAAACCAAGAGAGUCGGGCGGACAACGUCCUCACUGGAAGCAUGGCGGAGCAGGUGGAGCAGAUCAGAGCUGACAUCCGGGACUUCCAGCAGUCGAGUGGUGUGGACAAAGUCAUCGUUAUGUGGUCCGCCAACACUGAGCGCUUCUGUGAUAUCAAACAGGGAGUCAAUGACACUGCAAAGAACCUGCUAGCUGCAAUCCAGGAUGGAGCAGAGGUUUCUCCCUCCACUCUGUUUGCAGUGGCCAGCAUAUUGGAGGGCUGUGCCUACAUCAACGGUUCCCCGCAGAACACUUUCGUACCCGGGGCCAUCGAGCUGGCCAUGCAGAAAGGGGUAUUCAUCGGAGGAGAUGAUUUCAAAUCCGGUCAGACCAAGAUCAAAUCAGUGCUGGUGGACUUUCUGGUCAGCUCAGGUAUCAAGCCGACCUCCAUCGUCAGCUACAAUCACCUCGGCAACAACGAUGGGAAGAACCUGUCGGCUCCGCAGCAGUUCCGCUCCAAAGAGAUCUCCAAGAGCAACGUGGUGGAUGACAUGGUCCAGUCAAACCCCAUACUGUACAAGCCUGGAGAAAAACCUGACCACUGUGUGGUGAUUAAGUAUGUCCCCUAUGUGGGAGACAGCAAGCGUGCCAUGGAUGAAUACACCUCUGAGAUAAUGAUGGGAGGGACCAAUACUAUCGCACUGCACAACACUUGUGAGGACUCUCUACUAGCCAGCCCGAUCAUCCUGGACCUGGUGAUCCUUACGGAGCUUUGUCAGCGUGUGACGGUUCGACCCCAGGGGGAGGAGGACUUCCAGUCCUUCCACAGUGUCUUGUCACUACUCUCCUUCCUCUGCAAGGCCCCCAUUGUCCCACAAGGGACCCCGGUCAUCAACGCCUUCUUCCGCCAGAGGGCCUGCAUAGAAAACAUCAUGAGAGCGUGCCUCGGCCUUCCUCCUCAGAACCACAUGCUGCUGGAGCACAAGCUGCAGAGAGCAUUCCUGCCUCCUCACACCACCCACGUAAACGGCAAUGUGGCUUCUUUGAAAAAAGUUGCCCUCACUAACGGGAACCAUAUACCUCUAACGAAUGGCGUCCACGCACAUGACGAUGAUGAUGAAUCAUGACCACAAAUGCAACACAGCCCAAGAUGGACCUGUAACUACCGGUAACUGUAAUACAAUUGUAAACGUGACACCUUGUAUAAAAAGAACAAAGGCCCUCAUUGAUCUGUCAUUGAAAAAACCUACAACACUGGCUUGACAACUUUGCAGAGUAAACUUGACAUUUAUGUAAGACACAUUUUAAAAUCCUAGGUAUACAGCAAGUCUUGGCGUAUUAGAGAAUAGUGUGGUGCUGCAACAUUAACAUAUCAUACAUGCACUGUAGCUACUGAGCAUCAACAGAAGCCAAAUGAACCCCUUAGACUACAAUAACACUGCAUAACAUUGUUGAAAGUAGACUGUUUUGUUAAAUACAUUUCUGUUUUUAUGAAGUAUAAACAUGGUAUUGAAUAUUCAAAAAGCUAAAUAGAUUUCUUCUUUGCUUGUAUCUUUAUUCAAGUAAUUUUUGUAUGCAAUGCAUACAUAAAAUACUUUUUUUGUACAGUACAGUACAAGCAAAUGUGUUACUGAUCUGGCAGCUGUAAAAACAUUAAAUGCUAAACGCUGUAUAUGUUGUUUGAUGGUUGAGGGGCAUUGUCUUCACUCCCUGUAUUUGGUGUUAUUGUCCAUCACUGCCUUUCUGUUGCCAUCUAUAUGUUUUUUGUUAAUGCUAAGUUACAGAAAAUGUAGAUGCAGUUCUGACUCUUGAUUAACAGUGACCCGGGUUAUUUAUACAAUAAACAUUUAAAUAAUGUUUGAACUUUACAUCUGUGUUUUUCUUUCUAUUGAACCAUCUCUCAAGUUCAAAUAUGUUUUUUUUGCGUGAUGCAUGAUAGCCGUUGUUGUAAAAGAAACUACAUGACGCACCAUGUACUGUAAAUAAUAAAACAUGGUAAUGAGAAACAAGAACACAUAAAAUAAAUGUAAUUGAAUCAAUA